UCGUCUUUCUCACCAACUCGGUCAAAUACUCUCUUUCUCUUUCUCUUUCUCUUUCUCUUACAUAACAUUACUUCUCAGAAAAAGAAGGUACCCGAGUCAAUUGCACCUCCUCUUGUUCUCCACCACCUCCCAUUUAUAUUCCUUUCACCCUCUUUUCUCACCAAUUACUUUCCAGCUUCCAUUCCCCACACAAAACAUCUUAUUCUCUCUUUCUCUUUCUCUUUCUCUCUCACCAACCAUGGGUAGAUCUCCUUGUUGUGAGAAGGAACACACAAACAAAGGAGCUUGGACCAAAGAGGAAGACGAACGCCUCAUCAAUUACAUCAAACUUCAUGGCGAAGGUUGUUGGAGAUCCCUCCCCAAAGCUGCUGGCUUGCUCAGAUGUGGCAAGAGUUGCAGACUCAGAUGGAUAAAUUACCUCAGACCUGAUCUAAAGAGAGGCAACUUCACUGAAGACGAAGACGAACUCAUCAUUAACCUCCAUAGCUUACUUGGAAAUAAAUGGUCUCUGAUUGCCGCCAGGUUACCGGGAAGAACCGAUAACGAAAUCAAAAACUAUUGGAACACUCACAUCAAGCGCAAACUCUACAGCCGCGGAAUCGACCCGCAAACCCAUCGACCUAUCAACGCCGCCUCCACCCCUCCGCCAACCGCAGCGGUUUCGCCUCCCUCCACCGCCGCUGUCCCUGUGGCAACGUCCAACAAAAAAAUAAACAGCGACAGCAUUAGCAGCUCCAACACCCUCGCCCAUGAUGUUAUUACCAACAACAACAUCAUCAACAGUAACAACAACAGCAACGGUUUUCAUUUGGUGACCCAUAGUGGUUAUGCCAACGCCAUAACGAAGGUUGGAACCGACGAAGAUUCUAACAGCAGCAGCGGCGUUACCGUGGAAGAAUCCCUCCCCCCUCACCAUCAACUCAACUUGGACCUUUCCAUUGGCCUUCCCUCUUCUCGGCAAGUUUCUUCUUCGGUGAACCCAGAAAAUUUGAAAGCGCAAGAGCAUGAUCAAAAACCGCAUCUGUUAUACAAGUGGUAUGGGAACAUUACUGGCCAAAGUGUUUGUCUUUGUUACAGUCUAGGGCUUCAAAGCGAUCAAGCUUGUUAUUGCAAAGGCAUGGGUGCUACUGCUACUGCUACCACGGUUACUACAACUGCCACAGAUAGUAAUCUGUAUAGAUUUUACAGACCCAUGAAUAUUUAGACCGUGAAUGUCAUGUUAUUUGGUGUGACUUCUCUCUAUUAACAACAUGGAAAUAGUAGUUGUAGAAUCCCAAAUUUUGAGAAAAUCCUAGAUAGAUUUUUGUCUCUAACUUUUCAUUUUGCUUUUCAUCUUUUAUUUAAUUGAAUUUCAAACGUGAAUUUUUUGCUGGUCGAGAUUUUUGGUUGAAUGCUAAAUUGAAGCCUCGUGAAAACUGGGUUUUGUUCUUUACUUUGCACACACUCUAAAAAUGUUUACUGGGCUAUAAGAGAUUAUAAAACUCACCACUGUUCCAUUAUUCUGAACAUAAAUACUUGUUCAUGUUGUUUAAUUUUAAUUAGAAACAAACAAAAAUAACUAUGCAGGAUGUUUAUAGUGAUGCUGAUUUUACUGUUGAUUCAAAUAAUGAAAAUAUCACUUGUCCUUCUUUCUUAAUGUGUUGGGUGGAGGGAUUUUGAUAUGAAAGAGGCAGUUAAUAGAGAGGUAAGUGGUUAUGAUUGGUUAAAAUUUGAAUAUUCUUGGCGUUGUAGUGGUGGGUCAGUAAUGAGUUGUUAGACAUUAACUAUGUUUGGUAAGUUACAGUAAGUUUGAUACAUAUGAUCUAAAGUGAGCAGUGGCAGCAAGAACAGUGGUGAAGUUAGCUAGCUGAGGCUAGGAGAGAAGGAAGCUACAAAAAGCAAACUCAAUUCAUUGAUGUUUGUAAUAUCUUAUAGCUAGUGUUUAGGUAGGAGACAGCUUUUGAAUGCAUACCUACCAUUUACUGUCACCAGAACAAGACAAUUAUGAGAAAACUGGACUAUACUUGACAAACUUUCCUUCACAUUCAUUCAUAUACAUCCUACAAUUCAAUUCAUUCCUCUAUCCUCUUUCUUGGUCUACGCAAGCUGGAUAUAGUUUUUU